AUGCCGCCUUACCAGCAACAUCCGGCUCCACAAAGCUGGGACCGCUGGCCUCAACACCAGUCCAGCUCCGACUAUGUGAUGAUGGACAACAUGGUAGGCUACGACACCAGGACACUGCCAUCCUCAGCACCGCUUCAACGACCCGUCAUGGCUCCGCAGUACGUGAUGGGCAAUUCGUACGCAGACAGCCCAGUAACUCCAAUGUCGGCUUCAAACUACCCCGGACCCUCCCAGUUCAGCGAUUACGGCUCCUACAACCAACCUUCACCUUCCUUGACCUCUCCAUUUCAGCAACACCCCGACCGAUUUUCACACCGACCCAUGGCACCACCUACACCACCAUUGGACCCAGACAGCCAUUCCAUCUACUCCAGGGACGGCCAAGCAUCAUACGGCUCCAGGGACACAAGCCGGAGGUCAUCAACGAAGCCAGUGACAGUGGUCAAGACAGAGGACGUCAACGGUACAAAGGAGUCCAAGACCAUCGAGCCAUUCAAAAAAGAGGAUGGAUCACUUCAGUGGAUGUCAAACGAGAAAUUCGAUUGCCUCCUCAGGAUGAUUCCAAAAGCUUUGAAUCUGGGUGACCAGAAGGAGGAGGAAGAAGAAGAAGAAGAGAAGCCGGCCGAGUGCAUCGUAGCCCCGGUUGCGAAAAAGGAACCCGACACCAAGGCACCACUCAAGAAAUACAACAAUGCGACAUCUGCGGAAUUUGGGUAUCACAGGCAGGAAAUCUGCAGACUAUUCAAGCAAAGGGGAAAUGUCAAGCCGCAUAUCGAGAAUGUUCAUGAGAAGAAGAACAAGGUCGUCUGCAACUUCCCACGCUGCGGCAAAGACUUCACGACGAUAGGCAACAUGAAGAAUCAUAUUGGGAAAGUACACAAAGCAGUCCUCGACGAACUGCUGUACAAAAUGGAGAACUGGAACGAGAACGACAAGCUUGAUGACACAUGGGUCAAGCUUUUCCAGGAGUACCGGGUAAUCUUCAAGAACAGCAACAAGGGUAUCAAGGGCAGAGGCCACAAGGAGGGCAAGACACUUAAGCACGAACAGAAUGCGGUCAGGAACAGGAUCAACGUGAGGCGAGAGACCCAACAGAUGACACCAGUGAGCCCAGAGCCAAUCCAUGUUGGUGCUGUUGCCCACAACAGGUCGCAAUACUAUGAACAUCAUCAGCAAAGCCAACCACCAUUCCACGGCCUACCCCUACCUGCACAGCCGCAGGCCCAGACACCGUUCCACGGUCUUCCUCUACCUGCUCAGCAGCAGCAGCCGACUCCACAUUACACACCCAUCUCAAUGCACGCCCCACAAACCCAACCAUACCACACCCUCCCUACGCCCAUGGGGAGCAACAUGGGAUGGACACCACAGUACCAAUAG